AUGACCGGGGGACGCGCGCUGACGGGCUGGGCCAGCAACAUGUUCACCGGCCUGGUCGAGACGCUCGGCACCAUCAAGUCCAUCUCGCCGACCACCGAGUUCGAGGGAUUCAGCUUCGUGAUCACCAACGCGGGCGAUGUUCUCGGCGACUGCAAGCUCGGCGACUCGAUCGCCGUCAACGGCGUCUGCCUGACCGUCACCCGGUGGGACGCCGACGAGGGCUGGUUCGAGGUCGGCUUGGCCAACGAGACGCUCAGUCGGUCCAACCUCGGCAAGCUCCAGGUCGGCGGCAAGGUCAACCUCGAGCGCGCGAUGGCAGGGCACGGUCGAUUCGGAGGUCACUUUGUCCAGGGUCACGUCGACACGACGGCCAAGAUCCUGUCCAUCACGCCCGACGGCGACUCGAUCCGACUCCUGUUCUCCCUCCCGCUCGAGUUCUACACGCCCCUCAUCCCCAAGGGCUACAUCGCUCUCGACGGCACCUCUCUCACCCUGACGCACCUCUCGGUGCCCAAACCGGGCGACGACCACUACGAGCCGGGCGUCGGCCACUUUGGCGUCAUGCUCGUCGUCCACACCCAGAGCCGCACCGUCGUCGCCAUGAAGGCCGUCGGCGAGUCGGUCAACGUCGAGUGCGACGUCGUCGGCAAGGGCGUCGAGAGCGUCGUGCGCAACGUGCUCGAGGGAGGGGGAGAGACGGGCGGCGCGCUCGAGGUCAUGGUCGAGCGGGCAGUCGAGCGUGUCCUGGCGCGCAAGGGCCUGCUCAAGGAGUAG